AUGUCCAAGAUGCCGGCCAAGAAGAAGAGCUGCUUCCAGAUCACUAGUGUCACCACGGCCCAGGUGGCCACUAGCAUCACCGAGGACACCGAGAGCCUGGACGACCCGGACGAGUCACGUACGGAGGACGUCUCCUCCGAGAUAUUCGACGUCUCUCGGGCCACGGAUUAUGGCCCUGAGGAGGUCUGUGAGCGCAGCUCCUCGGAAGAGACGCUCAACAAUGUUGGGGAUGCGGAGACUCCCGGGACCGUCUCCCCAAACCUCCUCCUGGACGGGCAGCUGGCGGCCGCGGCGGCUGCUCCCGCCAACGGAGGAGGAGCCGUUUCGGCCCGGAGCGUGGCUGGGGCGCUGGCUAGUACCGCGGCGGCGGCGGCCGCCACCUCGGCCCCCUCCGCGGGAGCACCCGGCGGUCCCCCGGUCGCGGGCUCGUCUGCCGGGCCAGGGACUGCGGCCCCAUCGCAGCCCCCCGCCACUUGUAGUUCCCGAUUUCGCGUGAUCAAGCUGGACCACGGGAGCGGGGAGCCCUACCGACGCGGCCGAUGGACGUGUAUGGAAUACUAUGAGCGGGAUUCGGACAGCAGCGUCCUGACCAGGUCCGGGGAUUGCAUUAGACACAGCAGUACUUUUGACCAGACUGCGGAGCGGGACAGCGGCCUGGGCGCCACCGGAGGGUCGGUGGUGGUGGUGGUGGCCUCCAUGCCGGGGGCGCACGGGCCCGACUCGGGAACUGACAGUUCCUUGACUGCUGUGUCACAGCUACCCCCGUCGGAGAAAAUGAGCCAGCCCGCCCCGGCCCAGCCGCAGAGUUUUGGCGUUGGGCAGCCACAGCCACCGCCGCCCGUAGGUGGGGCUGUGGUUCAAAGCGCGGCUCCAGUGCCGCCGUUCCCGGGAGCCGCGGCCGGGCCGCAGCAGAUGAUGGCAGCCCCGCAGCCCAGCCAGCCCCAGGGAGCCGGCCCCGGCGUCCUCCCGCAGGGGCCCAACGGACAGGGUCUACCGCUGACGAAUGUAACCCUGACGCAGCCCGGCAUGCCCCUGCCGCCGCAGCCCGGCCCGACCCUCGGAGCGCCAGCGACGCAGCAGCCUCCGCAGUUCGCGUACCCCCAGCCUCCGCUCCCGCCCGGGCAUUUGCUGCCCGUCCAGCCCACGGGGCAGAGUGAGUACCUACAGCCGCACGUGGCCGGCCUGCAGCCGCCAAGCCCUGCUCAGCCCUCGUCCACCGGCGCCGGAGCGAGCCUCGCCACGCCUGCCAGCCUGCCGGUGGGCACCGGCCAGAAUGCCUCCACGGUGGGUGCGCAGAUAAUAGGCGCGUCUUCCCUGCCCGGUGAAGCCGUGGCUCCAGGGCCGGGACCCGCGCAGGGCGGGCAGGCCGCGCCUGGUCAACCGGCUGGAGUGCCCCUGGCCGCUGUAGGAUGCGCGGUGCAGCCGGGCCUGGUUCCCCCUGGGACCGGGCAGCCCCAGUCCGUGCCUCCGCCGCAGAUGGGCGGCAGUGGUGCGCCGUCGGCCGUGCCUGGCGGCCCCCACGCCGUGCUGCCCGGAGUUCCAAACGUGCCUGCAGCCGUGCCCGCUCCAAGCGUGCCUAGUGUGUCUACCACCUCUGUUACUAUGCCAAAUGUACCCGCGCCUCUGGUCCAGUCGCAGCAGCUGAGCAGCCAUACGCCAGUCAGCAGGAGCGGCAGCGUAAUCCAGCAUGUUGGGCUGCCCUUAGCGCAAGGCACACCCAGUGUACCAACAAGUCUACCACAGUCUGACUUAAGCCAGUUUCAGACUCAGACCCAACCUUUAGUCGGGCAAGUUGACGAUACUAGAAGAAAAUCAGAACCCCUACCUCAACCACCACUUUCUCUCAUUGCUGAAAAUAAGCCUGUUGUGAAGCCUCCUGUUGCAGAUGCCCUGGCAAACCCCCUUCAGUUAACACCUAUGAACAGUUUGGCCACCUCUGUAUUCAGCAUAGCUAUUCCUGUUGAUGGUGAUGAAGACAGGAAUCCUUCAACUGCUUUCUACCAAGCGUUCCAUUUGAACACGUUUCAGGAAUCAAAGAACCUCUGGGAUAGUGCAUCUGGGGGAGGUGGUGUAGCCAUUGACAACAAAAUAGAACAAGCAAUGGAUCUGGUGAAAAGCCAUUUGAUGUAUGCAGUAAGAGAAGAAGUGGAAGUUCUAAAGGAACAAAUAAAAGAAUUAGUUGAAAGAAACUCUUUACUUGAACGAGAAAAUGCACUGUUAAAAUCUCUUUCAAACAAUGAUCAAUUAUCCCAACUCCCAGCCCAACAGGCCAAUCCUGGUAGCACUUCUCAACAACAAGCAGUGAUAGCACAGCCUCCGCAGCCAACGCAACCUCCACAGCAGCCGAAUGUCUCCUCAGCAUAAAGCUUUCUUGCCUCAUUAAGAAAAAAACUGAAAGCAAUCUAUCCUUGUGUGCCACUGGUAUACUUUCCACUUUAUACGAAAGCAAGUA